UUGAGCAUGCGCAAUGGGCACUGACGUAAGGCGGCCUUGACGUCUUGUUUAACUUCCGGUGUGGUAACUAGGCAACGGAAUGUCUCACGUCCCUGGCUGUUGCUAGGCGACGUGAGGACGCGGCAGGGUUUCUCUGAGAGGAGAUGAUGUCCGCGGUGUCGGGUCCGGUGGUCCAGUAUGGUCGGAGGAAAGGCUCAAGCAGAAGGGAGACAGUGGAGAAAAAUACAGGAGGAAACAUUGCACCAGGUCCAACAGUAGAUCUCUGUGAAGUUGCUGUUCUUCCAAGAGCAGAGUGGGAGCGUAUUACCAACCAUGCUAAUUCAUUGGAAAAAGAAGCAAGGAAACUUUAUGAAGAAAAGAAAGAAAGAGAAGCCUUACAUUUACAGUCCAAGGAAUUGGUGAAAAACUGGACCAAUACCUUAUCAGGCUUGAGGAAGGAAAAAUUACAGGCAAAGAAACUGCGGGAGGAAAGAGAAGAGGAGGAGAAAAAAAGGAUAGAUUUGGAGGAGGCCCAGUACCAGGCAGAAAAGAGGAAGCAAGCAAUAGAAAACGCCAGGAUCAAGCAAUACAAUCAGAAUGACAGAGUCAAGACCUUCCAUAGUGCUUUGCUGCUUACUGAAGUCAUAAAAGAACGAGAUGCCCAGAUAGAACUUAAAAAUCAACAGAUGAACAGGAGCAAUAGGCAAGACAAGGACAUCUUGGCUAAAAUGCAGAGGGAAUUGGAAGAAAGUAUUUAUAAUGACCAGCAGAAGGCGCUGCAGAGGUCAACCAAGAAGAAGAAGAACGCACAAGAUCUUCUAAAGCAAAUGGAGGAGCACAACCAUGCUGCUGACCUGGAGAAGCGAACCAGUCACAGAGAAAGUGAAGAGAUCCAGAGACAGGCCAGGCUAUAUGAGUGGGAAAUGAAUAAAUUAGCCAAACUGAAAAAGGAAGAGAAAAAAGAAAUAAUGAAGACUCAUUUGGCACAUAUGGCUGAUAGAGACCUCCUUCAAGCACUUGAAAAGCAGAUGGAAGAAGAGAAUGACGACCUGAUAAGACGCUAUGUUCUUGCAAAGAAAAAAAUGGCAAAUCUUAAAAGGGAGAGAGAAGAGCAAUUAUAUAGAAAAACAGUGGAACGCAGGGAUAAAAUCACUGAGCUGCUGGCAGCACAGAUGAAGCAAAAGCUUGAUGAUGAAGAAGAACGUCUAACUAACGCUCUGGAGGAAAUGGAAGCAAAGCUCAAAAAAGAAGUUAUGGAAAAAGAGGAGAAAAGAAAAGCAGAUCUGAAGGCAAUUACAGAGCACAGAAUCGCCAUGAGGAAGAAGAAAGAAAAAGAAGAGAAGGAAGAAAAAUUGAAAGGAUUCCAGGCUCAAUAUGAGAUAAGAGAAGCCGAUAACUUCUUUAUUGCUCAGCAAAAGGAGAAAAUGAAGAGAGCAGAGGAGGAAUGUAAGAAUGUACAAACACUUCAGAUCCAGCAGAUGGCGCAGAAGAAGACUAUGACACAAGCAGAAAGAGAAGCAGAGUUAGAGUAUGUCAAGCAGAAUGAAGCCCUGAUAAGUAAGGAAGAAGAAAUAUUUCAGGAGUAUGCCAAACAGGUGAUUGAUUCCGUGACCAAAGCUGACCGAAACCCACUGCUGCUGAAGAAGGCAGCACAGAAGGGCACUGGGGGAGGACGUGGUCCUGUGUACUCAGACAGGGGAGGCAUUCAACCUAGUUAUCAAGUGCAGGACACCAGUGGAGUUCAGCUGCCGACGUAUCAGAAUGAGACCACCCAACAAAUAAAGGAAAUAAAUGAUUCUGGUAAUGUACAACAAGGGAAGAGAAGACUCGGUUUUACAUUUUGAUUAGGGAUGAUUUCUCAGCAUAAGUAUUGUGGAGAUUCUGUGACUUCACUUUAUACAAAUGUCUGUAUCAUUUAAAUACAAGUCAAUGAGAUCUUCAAUUGUGAAACUUGUUUU